UUUUUAUUAUUUUUUUUUUAUUUUAUUUUAUUUUAUUAUUUUUCUUUCUUUUCCUUCCCUUUCUCCUCUCCUCCCCUUCCUCCCCCUUUUUUUUUUAUCAGAUUUACUUUCUCCUCACAAGUAAAAUCUACAUACAUUCAAUGGCAUCCUUUCAACAAGAGACAGUUGAUAAAAAAAACACUUCAUCUUCAUUACUGCAUUUGGAAAUUCAACAACAAAAACAAAGAUCUCUUUCUACUUCUUUGUCAACUCCUACUAAUUUAUCCUCACCAUCAUCACAACAACAACAACAACAACAACAACAACAACAACAGCAAGAUACAAAUUACAUUGGUAUUACAAUUAACGAUGAUACAAUGACAAAAUACCAUUCAUCAAAAGAACUAAACAAUAACAACAAUACACUAUACAUGUCCUCUCCUCCCAUCUACAGACAUUCACCUCGAUUAAAAGAAGAAAAAUAUAUACUCAAACCAAACAUGUCGGGUGCAUUUCGUAAAAUCAAGAGUCAACUCGAUUUACCACUUUCACAUCAUCGUCGAAUAAGAGAAGGGAAAAGAUACGGGCCAUUAUAUAUGCUUACGGUCGAAUUAAAAGCAACAUAUCAAAAUUGUAAUCAUGGUUUUAAAUACAAUGAAACAAAUAAGCCUCGUCGAGUAUUAACGAAACCUAGGAAAGCAUGUCGGAAUGAUGGAUACGAUAAUGAAGAUUUUGAUUAUAUUUUAUAUGUAAAUGAUAUUCUUGGGAACACAGAAGGACACAAAUAUUUGAUUAUGGAUGUAUUGGGAUCAGGUACAUUUGGUCAAGUUGUUAAAUGUCGAAAUACAAAGACACAAGAGAUUGUAGCUGUAAAAGUAGUGAAAAAUAAAUUAGCCUAUUUUAAACAAAGUAUGAUGGAAGUAGCUAUAUUAGAGAUGUUAAAUCAAAGAUAUGAUCAAUAUGAUGAACAUCACUUGUUAAGAUUAAAAGAUUCAUUUAUUCAUAAAAAGCAUCUAUGUCUGGUAUUUGAAUUGUUAUCAGUCAACUUGUACGAACUUAUCAAACAAAAUCAUUUUCGUGGUUUAUCAACAAAUCUUGUACGUGUCUUUACUGCUCAAAUAUUGGAUGCAUUAACGGUAUUAAAUGAAGCUAGAAUCAUUCAUUGUGAUUUGAAGCCUGAGAACAUUUUAUUGAAAAAUCUAGAGUCACCUACUAUCAAAGUCAUUGAUUUUGGUUCUGCUUGUCAUGAAGUACAAACGAUGUAUACCUAUAUUCAAUCAAGAUUUUAUAGAUCUCCAGAAGUAUUGAUUGGAUUACCUUAUACAAGUGCAAUCGAUAUGUGGUCUUUGGGUUGUAUAGCAGCAGAAUUGUUUUUAGGUCUUCCAUUGUUUCCUGGUAGUUCUGAAUAUAAUCAAUUAUGUCGUAUUGUGGAAAUGUUAGGGACACCGCCCAAUUAUAUGAUUGAAGUAGGGAAAAAUGCUCAUCGUUACUUUGAUAGAGUUUCAAUAGGAAAUAAUGAAAAGAAAUAUGAAUUGAAAUCAAUCGAAACAUACUCUAGAGAACAAGGGAAAUCAGAACAACCUUCAAAACGCUAUUUUUCUGCUAAUACUUUACCUGACCUCAUCAAUCAUUAUCCAAUCAUGAGAAAGGCCCAAAUGUCAGCGAAAGAAAUUGAAAAGGAAAGGCAAAAUAGAUUAGCCUUUAUUGAUUUCCUUCAAGGCUUACUUAAUCUAAACCCAAUUGAAAGAUGGUCACCUCAACAAGCCAAGAGACAUCCUUUUAUCACCGGUGAACACUUUCUUCAUCCAUUUCAGCCUCCAUUCAUUCCAAGGAAACAACAACAAAAGCAAAAACAACAAUAUCAACCUCAUUCUCCAACUAUCUUGUCUCAUCGAUACCAUACUAAUAAUAGUUUACCCACAGCUGCUGCAGUAUCAUCCUCUACGUCUACGUCUACGUCUACGUCUACGUCUACAGCUACAGCUACAGCCACUUCUUUUUUAUCUCCUACUUAUUUCAGUUUACCAACUCAUUAUGAAAAUAACUCUAAACAAUUAUCUUAUAUUCCUCCUUUACCAACUGUAAUAGAGCCAUCUCAUCAUCAUCAUCAUCUUCAUCAACCAUUUCAAAAUGAGAAUACAAAUAAUAAUGGAAAUAGACCAAGAGCAAGUACAUUAGGUACUAUGCAAGUACCUCCACAAAUUCAAUGGGCAACUGUAGAUCAUGUUGCCACGGAAGGUUCACUAUACAGUCCAUAUCGUCAUCAACAACAACAACAACAAGGGAUUCCUUAUUAUAGAGGAAAUGAAGACCUUUUAUCUCAUUGGAAUAAUAAUAACACUACAAAUAGUCAACAAACUAUUGAUUUAGAAAGAGAUGGCGAUUGGCAAGAAAACAGCUUGAAAUCAUCAACACUUUUUUAUCAAUCCCCACAUCAACAACAACAACACCACCACUACAACUCUCCUCCUACCCAUCGUCGAAGUAGUAGUAGUUUACGGUUUUCAGACAUUACAGUCGGUGCAGCUGGAGUAGGCACAAGAUCAAGUGUGGCAAGUUUACAUCGUUUAAUGCGAGGUCAUUCAAUAGCCUAUCAUAGACAAGAUAUAGAAUCAGAUGGUGUCAUACAACAGCCUAGUAGUAGUAGUCAUAGUAAUGAUAAAAUAGAUGAAUCAGCAGAGCAAAAUAAAGGCUGGAUGAUGGCAUAAUAAUAAUAAUAAUAAUAAUAAAUGUAUACAUGUGUGUGUAUAUUGAAGAAUUA